UCUCGCAAGUGUUGCCAUCGGGCUGUCGUCUCUCUGCCACCGCGCAGCCAGCGCCGCUGUCGAUGCGGGUUUACGACCUUCUGAGCCUUAUCCUGGGAGCCUGGAGACGUACAGCGCCUCAACCACCAGCGGACAAUGUGCUGCUACCUUGGCCGCCGCCAACCUCCGCUUCGCCCCAGUAUCUGUAUCUGAGUAUCUAUGUAUCUGUGCACUGCGCAGCCGGCGUCGCUGCCUCAGCCACUGCAACCGCGCUGACUGCCGAUUGCCGCCGACUGCUGACUGCUGCCUUGUGUCAAAGUGAACAGCAAAUAUUAUUUUUUGGACACUUUGCCAUCAGGUCGCCGCCGCGUCGCCCGGAGCCAGAAGACCCAAAAAAAAUAAAUAAAGAAAAUCCCGCUCCCGUUCUCCCGUAGCCCGUAUCCCGUUUCCCGUAUUCCGUAUACGUUACUUGGCGGCCAUUGUCCUGCUGCGGUGUGCAGCUCCGUCUUUUGUGCCCGUUGUCGCAUUCGAGGUUGGACUUUUGAGCCUUUUGUCUGAAUCGGCGGUGCCAAUUGUGUGUAUCACUGGGAUCGAGCUGGCCAACAACAAAGCCCAGCAGCUACCCAAGAAAGCCGGAGAAACCCAGAAGAAGCCCCAGACCCAAAAACGACAAGAAAUAAUAACAA